GGGGUCCAGCAGUGGGCUUGAGAGAAAAAGGAGCCAACCCACUUUACAGUUACAGCUGAAAUGCUGAAAGAAAAAGAAAAAGAAAAAAAAAGGGAUGCUGCUGAUUUCCAAGAUUAAAAUAGUGUUUGAAUCACUUUUAGCAAUAUUAUUUAGAUUUGUGUGAGAAAAUUGUCAUUUUGAUUCCUGGUAUAAAAAGUAGUGUAGGAGAGGAAAAAAGGGGAGCGGUGGUGGGGGCGGUGGUGCUGAUUCUCAAGGGAUAGAGUGUGGGAACAUUCUCAGAUUGGCUUUUUGCGAGAACAUAAUGUUGCUAUGGUGGCUGGCAAAGAUUAGGGACAAGUUUACUUUUUGAUGGUUUGAUUUUUUUCUUUUGUUGGGCUGAUCUUUUUCUGGUUUAGUGUGGUGGGGUUUCUCUUGUAUUUGUUCUUCAAAGUCAUAGAAUUUGGGUAGUGUUCUUACACUGUUUUGCUCCCUGUUGAGUGUUGAUUCUUUCUUUAUACGGAGAAGGGGUUUGGCUGAUUCGAUUGCCGUGAUUUGCAUGGGAGUUGGGUCUUCAAAUCUUUAAUCUUGGAUGAGUUGUGAAGAAUACCAAGGUCUCUCCAACUUUCAUUGGUGAAAGAAAAUCUUGUUGAGGAAUGUGGAUUCUUGGGCUUGGUUCCUGAAAUAGAACGCAAGAAAUCAUGCUGAGUUUGGAAGAAAGCUACUAGUUUGGAAGAUAAAAUAAAUACUAGAGGGUGGGUGAUGCCAGUAAGGUGCAAGUGGGGGAGGCUCUGUUCUUGAGAUUGUAUUAAGCUUUUCUUUUCUUUUAGUUGAUUCACAGUUUGUUGGCUGUGUCUCUGAGCUAACUCUUGAUGACCCGGGUUCUUGGACUCUGCUGACAAGCUAGUUAUCCUCUUCAUGUGGUCUCUUCCCUUACAACUUCAUCCUCCGUCUUGAAUCUUUGAGAGUUAGCGUGUAGGUAUUCUGUUUUAGCUUACGGGCGUCGGCUCUUCCAACUUCCUUUUUUGGUGUGAGAAUCGUUGAACUGGUAACUGCGGUGAUUGACGUAAAGAGGUGAUAAGGUUUGAGAUCUUGGAGGUGAAAAGAUCAUUUUCCAGCCAAGAUGAAGUUUAUGAAGCUUGGAUCCAAGCCUGAUCAGUUUCAGACUGAAGGGGAAAAUAUCAGGUAUGUAGCAGCAGAGUUGGCAACUGACAUGGUCAUUAGCGUUGGGGAUGUCAAAUUUUAUCUGCACAAGUUUCCACUUUUGUCCAAGAGUUCUCACCUUCAGAAGCUUGUCGCCAGUGCAAGUGAUGAAAACGAGGAGAUUCGCAUCCAUGAUAUUCCAGGUGGACCUGCUGCAUUUGAGAUAUGUGCCAAGUUCUGCUAUGGCAUCGUGGUGACACUCAAUGCGUAUAAUGUGGUAGCAGCCCGUUGUGCAGCAGAGUAUCUUGAAAUGUACGAGACUGUUGAUAAGGGAAAUCUCAUAUACAAAAUUGACGUCUUUCUUACGUCCUGCAUUUUCCGGAGCUGGAAGGACUCCAUAAUUGUGCUUCAGACUACAAAAGCUCUUCUUCCCUGGUCAGAGGAGUUGAAGGUUGUUAGCCGCUGCCUAGAUUCAAUAGCUUCUAAAGCCUCAACUGAUCCUUCAAAAGUUGACUGGUCAUACACCUACAAUCGUAAGAAGCUCCCAUCUGAGAAUGGGCACGAUCCCCUCUGGAAUGCUGUGAAGAAACAACAAACAGUGCCGAAAGACUGGUGGGUAGAAGACCUCUGCGAACUUCAGAUUGAUUUAUAUAAACGGGUUAUCACAACAAUACAAGCUAAAGGAAGAAUUUCUGCUGAUGUUAUUGGAGACUCAUUAAAAGCAUAUGCUUUAAGAAGGAUUCCAGGUUUUAUCAAAGGCACUAUAAAGGGAGGCGAUAUUCUGAAGUACCAGUUCUUGGUUGAUACCAUCACAUCAUUGCUGCCAACAGAGAAAAAUUCUGUACCUUGUAGUUUUUUGCUCAAAUUACUGCAGGCAUCCUUCUUGUUAGAAUGCGGCGAGGAGGGAAGAGUGGAGCUAAUGCAAAAAAUUGCACAACAACUUGGGGAGGCAACCAUCGCUGAUCUUCUGAUGCGUUCUCCAACUGGUGAAACAACUCUGUAUAACAUAGAUAUAGUACAGGACUUGGUCCAGCAGUUUGUGAUGCAAGCACAUAGCUCUCAGAAUGACAGUUCUGACGAUCCUGAGUUCCAAGUGAUGUACAGUGGGUUCACUUCAGAUUCCAAAAUUAAGGUGGCUAGAUUGGUUGAUGCUUAUCUGGCUGAAGCUGCUCGAGAUUCCUCAUUACCUUUAUCCAGAUUCGUUGCUCUCGCGGAUAUGGUUUCUAGCUUUCCAAGAUCAACUCAUGACGGACUCUACCGUGCUAUUGACAUGUAUCUCAAGAUACACCCAGGGAUGACUAAGAGCGAGAAAAAGAGAAUUUGCCGGCUAAUGGAUUGCAGGAAGCUAUCAGGCGAAGCGUGUGCGCACGCAGUGCAAAACGAGAGGCUCCCAUUGCGGGUUGUUGUGCAGGUUCUCUUCUUUGAGCAAGCCAGAGCAGCCGCAACAGUGGAUAGUGGCAGCAUCCCUGAUUUACCCGGCUCCGUUAGGGCUUUGCUGCCAGGAGGAUCCUAUGGUAGCUCCAGAUCAGCAACCACCAACACAGAUGAGGACUUAGACCGUGACCAGAUAUCCGAGGAACUGAAGACAUUGAAGGGAGAGCUUGCUUCUCUGAAGCUGACAAACAAAGGCAGCACCAACGACACCAAAUUGACCACAGAAAAGAUCGAUGCUAACAAAGUGAAAACAAUCUUCUCGCGACUCUGGUUGAGCAAAGACAGAGGAGGGGAGAACAGCAGCUCGGACACCUCGGAGAGCCCUACAUCUACCGCAGAAGAAACAAGGUCCACCCCUUCAGGAAGUAGGAGACAUUUCUCAUCUUGAAACCAAGAUUGUACCUUGUAUUUUGCUUAGGGUGAUAGAAAGCAAAAGGCCACAAAAUCAGAUGAUUUUUCGUGCAGAAAUUUUGGUUUCUGGUGCUGGUGGGAAAAUGUAGGUUUAGUUUUAUUCUAUAGUAACCUUAACAACAACAACUAGUUCUAGGCUUCUUCCUUUUUCCUCAGCUGCAGUGAUUCUGAAUCGCAUCAUUGUUUCUUGUCCAACUCCACGCUCAUCUAUCACUCUCAUUUUCAGGAUAAUCAUAACUCAGUUUAUAAUA